ACUUCCUGUUCAGGGCUUUCGCCUUCAACAAAGAUGGUGCUUAUGGUACAGGUUCCCUAACAGUCUGGAUUCCGGUUGCGGUUUCUUUCUUUCUUUCUUUUUUUUUUUUUAAUAUACGUGUUUGCAGACGGAGAAAUGGAGGCUAGAGACAAGCAAGUGCUUCGCUCCCUUCGCCUGGAGCUGGGUGCGGAGGUACUGGUGGAGGGACUGGUUCUUCAGUAUCUUUACCAGGAAGGGGUCCUGACAGAAAACCAUGUUCAAGAAAUCAAAGCUCAAGCCACAGGCCUCCGGAAAACAAUGCUGCUGCUGGAUAUCCUACCUUCCAGAGGUCCUAAAGCAUUUGAUGCAUUCCUAGAUUCCUUGCAGGAAUUUCCCUGGGUUAGGGAGAAGCUGGAGAAGGCAAGGGAAGAAGCCAUAAUUGAGCAGCCUGCAGAUGACCAGAUGACUGGUAUCCCCCCGCACAUCCUCAACAGCUCCCCAUCCGACCAGCAGAUCAACCAGCUGGCUCAGAGGCUGGGCCCUGAGUGGGAGCCUGUGGUGCUGUCUCUGGGCCUGUCCCAGACGGAUAUCUACCGCUGUAAGGCCAACCACCCCCACAACGUGCAGUCGCAGAUGGUGGAGGCCUUCAUCCGCUGGAGGCAGCGCUAUGGGAAGCAGGCCACCUUCCGGAGCUUGCACAGAGGCCUCCAGGCCAUGGAGGCGGACCCCUCGGUGCUCCAGCACAUGUUGGAGUGAUGGGGUCUCCCUCCAUCAACCCAUGGGGGAGUGUGUCCCCAAGUUGCGUGUGUGGAAUCCUGACUUUCUCCCAGGGCAGGUAGUUUUGGGGGCUUUGGCGGGGUGGGGGAGGGUUCUUUUUAAUGAUCUGUAGAUGAAUGGAGAAAAUGGGAUUUCCAGUUGAUGUUACCUUAAAGGCCAGAUUACUCAGUAGCUCUACCACAUUGACUUGGCAGUUCAUUAUUUUUAAUUGCUUGAAGAUUGAAUUGUUUUAAUUGUGCAGGUUUUAAUUGUGUGAGUGCCCUUUAAUAAACUGGUAAAUCAUAA